AUGACGGACCCCGACGUGGUGACCGAGGUCCCUGCCGUGCUGAAGCGCCUGGCCAAGUACGUGGUGCGGGGCUUUUACGGCCUGGAACAUGCCCUGGCUCUGGACAUCCUGAUCCGGAACCCCUGCGUCAAGGAGGAGGACAUGCUGGAGCUGCUUAAAUUCGACCGCAAGCAGCUGCGAGCCGUGCUGAGCACUCUAAAGGGGGACAAGUUUAUUAAAAGCCGAAUGCGCGUGGAGACCGCCAGCGACGGGAAGACCACCCGGCACAACUACUACUUCAUCAACUAUAAACUGCUGGUCAAUGUAGUCAAAUACAAGCUGGACCACAUGAGGCGGAGGAUCGAGACGGACGAGCGGGACUCCACCAACAGGGCGUCCUUCAAAUGUCCCAACUGCUGCAGCGCGUUCACCGAUCUGGAGGCCAACCAGCUGUUUGAUCCCAUGACAGGCACUUUCCGCUGCACGUUCUGCCAGACGGAGGUGGAGGAGGACGAGUCGGCCAUGCCGAAGAAGGACGCCCGCACCCUGGUGGCUCGAUUCAACGAGCAGAUCGAGCCCAUAUACGCCUUGCUGAGGGAGACGGAGGACAUCAACCUGGCCUACGAGAUCCUGGAGCCAGAGCCCACCGAGAUCCCGGGUCUCAGACAGAGUAAGGAGAGGAACGCGUCGGCAGCGGCCGGAGCGUCGGGGCCGCAGCGGGAAGCAUGGAGCACCAAGGGCCCCUCGUACGACAAUCUGUACACGCAGGACGUGGUCAUCAGCAUGGAGGAGCAGGAGGACCUGCAGAGGGCGGCCGCCGAGGGCAAGCCGGUCAAGGAGAGACCCAUCUGGCUGAGGGAGAGCACGGUCCAGGGGGCUUACAGCGACGCCAGCGACCUCAAAGACGGCACAAUGGACACAAACGCCUUCCAGGACCAGGAAGAGAGCCGCCCCGUGGCUGACGAAGACGAGGAGGUGAUGCAGGCUCUGCUCAUUCAUGAGAAGAAGAGCGCUGCCUCGGCGGCGGGGGCCGCGGCGGCCGCAGCAUCCAGCACGGUCGCAGGCAGCGAUUCGGACAGCGACACCAGUGAGUCGGACCAGGACAGCCCAGCAGCGCGCCACCCCGUGAUUCCUUCUUCCCGUCAGUAUGAAGUAGAUGAUGACGACGACGACGAGUUUGAAGAGAUAGCCGCCGAUCCGACGGUGACUGUCGGGGGGCGCCCGUUCCCGUACAGCCAGGUGAGCCAGCGGCCGGAGCUCGUGGCGCAGAUGACGCCCCAGGAGAAGGACGCCUACAUAGAAAUGGGGAAGAAGAUGUUUGAGGCCUUGUACGACUGAGUGGUUGCUGUGACGAUGGACUGUUACAGAGGCGGCCCGGG